AUGAUGAGUCAGCAGCCAAAACUAUUUAUCAUGGACUCAUCGACCACGGCCACCACCCACGCCCACUCCAUCCUCGUCCCAGACAACAAGCACAGCCUGUUCGGACUCAGCCACCCCCAGAAACUGCCCGACCUCGAAGUGGUCAUCAAGAACAGAGACGAUGACCAUCCGCCGCCCAAGCGCAAGCACUCCUCAGCAUCCUCAACAAACGACCACAAGAACAACACCGCCAACAGAUCUUCCGAGCACCCCCUCAGCCAGAACAACCUUUCCUCACUCGACAUCGACCCUGACUCGGCCGAAAACCAGCAUCUCAAGAAACUGACGACCGAAAAGAGGAAGGCCCAGAAUCGAGCGGCUCAGAGGAACUUCAGAGAGAGGAAGGAGAAACAGUGCAAGCAGAACGAAGAGAACCUGAUCAUCAGGACCGAAGAGAACAAGAAGAUGAGAGAGCUGAUCACCUCCCUCGAAGCCGAAAACAGCUUCCUACGCCAGCACGUCCCAGAGAGUGUGCUCGAGCAGGCCCGGAAGAGCUUCCCCCGACGGCCCGAGCUCAGCACGAUCGUCAUCCCGAUCCCAGCCUACAACGAGUUCCUCGGCCCCGAGCAGAAGAGCACCGGGGCUGCCGGCCCCGGGGGGCUGAGCGAGUCCGAAGAACACGCCCGCGCCGCAACCGCCCUCAGCUCGCUCGCCGCCGCACCCAUCGACCCCGUCUUCGACCCCCAACUGCAACACCUGGCCGGCCCUUCACCCUCAGCCGCCCUCGUCGCAUCCGCCGACCACCAUCUCCAACACCACCAUCAGCACCAGCACCAGCACCAGCAUCAACAGCAGCAGCUACUCCAGCCCGACCUCAUCGUCCCCUCCUCCACCGACGACCCCCCCUCCUCAUCCUCUGCAAACACACCCUCCAUCCCCGCCUCAUCUACCUUCUCCCACCCCGACCAUCUGCUCCACUCCAGCGAUCACCAUCACCACCAUCAGCACCAACACCACCAACAACAACAAUCCCACCAUCAUCACUCUCAUCCUCCUACUCAUCACCAUCAACAGUUCGACCACCAUCAGAACCUCUUACACGACAAACUAUUCGUCGAUAACCAUCACUCCUAA